GAAUAACGGCCGGUGGGGCGGCAGCUUGCCCCGGGGCCGGCCCUCCUCCCCGCGGGCGGCGCGUCGGGACGCGACCGGGAGCCGCCACCUGCCGGGAGGGCCGGGGGCGGGGACGCCGGGCAGGGGUCCCGCCUCCGCGGCCACCGCGCGCCGCCCGCCCCGGACUACGCUUCCCAGCCUGCCCCGCUGCGGCCGCGCGCUCGUCGGGCGCCGCUCCCGGCCGGAGCCGCCUGUUGCUCGCCGCGCUCGCCCGGGCCGCGCCGCCCGCCCCGGCUCUGCGGCCGCGCCGCCACGGGGGAGGGGGCCACGGACGCCGCCGCCCGCUCGCCGGCUCCGGGAUGGGCGCACGCACCGUCGUGCUGUUCUGAAGUUUCAAGGACUGGCUGGCUUAAGCGUUCUUGAGAAAGGUCUAGACGAAGCCAUGGCACUUCCUUUUCAAAAAGAGCUGGAGAAAUACAAGAACAUCGAUGAGGAUGAGCUGCUUGGCAAACUCUCAGAGGAGGAGCUGAAGCAGCUGGAAAAUGUUCUUGAUGACCUGGACCCCCAGAGCGCUCUGCUGCCCGCUGGAUUCCGGCAGAAAGACCAGACCCAGAAAAGCGCCACAGGCCCGUUUGACCGCGAGCACCUGCUCAUGUACCUGGAGAAGGAGGCUCUGGAACAGAAGGACAGGGAGGACUUUGUGCCCUUCACCGGAGAGAAGAAAGGGAGAGUCUUUAUCCCCAAGGAAAAGCCUGUAGAGAAAAAGCCUGUAGAAGAAAAAGUGACCCUUGACCCGGAACUGGAAGAAGCCCUGGCCAGCGCCUCUGACACAGAGCUCUAUGACCUAGCAGCUGUUCUCGGAGUCCACAAUCUGCUCAACAAUCCAAAGUUUAAUGAAGAAACUCCUGGCACUGAUGGAGGCAAAGGGCCUAUAAGAAAUGUGGUCAAAGGUGAGAAAGUGAAGCCGGUGUUUGAGGAGCCGCCUAACCCCACCAAUGUGGAGGCCAGCCUGCAGCAGGUGAAGGCCAACGACCCCAGCCUGAAGGAAGUGAACCUCAACAACAUUAAGAACAUUCCAAUUCCAACACUGAGAGAAUUUGCAAAGGCACUGGAGACCAAUACUCAUGUGAAGAAGUUCAGCCUGGCCGCAACCCGCAGUAACGACCCAGUGGCAAUUGCUUUUGCAGAUAUGCUGAAAGUGAACAAGACCUUGACAAGUCUAAACGUAGAGUCCAAUUUCAUCACUGGGACCGGGAUCCUGGCCCUGGUGCAGGCGCUGAAGGAAAAUGACACCGUGACAGAGAUCAAGAUCGACAACCAGAGACAGCAGUUGGGAACGGCUGUCGAGAUGGAAAUUGCCCAGAUGCUGGAGGAGAAUUCCAGGAUCCUCAAAUUUGGAUAUCAGUUUACCAAGCAAGGGCCACGAACCAGGGUGGCGGCCGCCAUCACAAAGAAUAACGACCUCGUUCGUAAGAAACGAGUGGAAGGAGACAGACGAUAAUCUUGAAGAAGGAAAGUCUCACCUUGGCAGCCAUUCAAAAGCUCCUCUUCCUUGUGGGGACCAUUUUAUCAAAGGUUGUUGAUUUCCAUUAACCACUCCAUUUACAAUUCA